GCCAUUUUACCCUGAGAGCUGUAGAGCCGGGGGGGCUCACUGUGCAGCUACAUCUCAUCACAGGCUGCAGACAGAGACACACACACACGCACACACACACACACACACACACACACACACAUACACACACACUCCACCGGUCCGACCCUCCACGGACACACACAGCUCCCCUCCAGCUUUUUCACACCACCUUGGACCAUGAUUCGUAAACAUGUGUGUGUGAGAACGCAGCAUGCAUUCAGUCCAGGUAGGGAUGUGGGACCCCCGGCCCCCGUCUAAACAUGGCUCGCCCCUCGCCUCACCUUGCCCCUCCGACGUGCGCCUCGCCCACGUGACCACAGCCUGCCCGGCGAAGCGGAUCACCUUCUACAAAAGCGGCGACAGCCAGUUCGGGGGCGUCAAGAUGGCCGUCCACAAGCGCAGCUUCAAAUGCUUCGACGCCCUGCUGGACGACCUUUCCCAAAAGGUGCCCCUUCCGUUUGGUGUGCGGACUGUAACCACUCCCCGUGGCACCAACACCAUCCGACACCUCGAGCAGCUCCAGGACGGCGGCUGCUACCUGUGCUCUGACCGGCGCCAGGCUAAGCCGAUCAACAUGGAGCUGGCAAGCAAACGCCCGAGCAUCUGGUACCAUCAGAACCGCAGACCCCAGCGGCCCGAGAGCUCGUCCACGACGCCACCCAACCAUCUGCCUUACAGGCAGCGCCGAAUCCUGCUGGUGAAGAACAGCGAGCCGGGCAUGAGGAGGAGCGUGGUGCUGAGCAGGAGGUCGACCAGGAGCCUCGGGGCGUUUCUGGAUGAAGUGUCAGAGUUGAUGCAGUUUCACGUUCGCAAGCUCUACACUGCAGAGGGACGCAAGAUCGACAGCGUGCAGAGCCUGAUGACCUGCCCCCCCGUGUUGGUGUGCGUCGGCCGGGAAGCGUUCAGUCCCAUGCUGGCCAACUUCAUCAAGAAGAACUCGGAGGAAAAGCUGCCUGGACUGGACAGCAGGUCGCCUGGUCUCGGUCCCAGGACGCCAGGAAACGGGGCCAGAUCUCCUGCCGUUCAGGGAGCGAGAUCCCCACCUCACGGAGCUCAGUCCAGAGCCAGCGAGUACAGCGAAGGACAUGAGAGCAAGAAAAAUGUGAACUUCGGUCUGGAAACCAAGAAGAGCAUCAUCCACCCUCGUUCUGACUCCUCAAACCGCUCCAACCAUUUCUCGAUGUCUUCAGAGAAGUCGUACGGCAACGGCGUCGGUGCCUACUCCCAGGCCCGACCGGCGAUUAUGAACGAUGACAUCGAAAAGCGCGUGCUUGUGAAUAAAGACGGCAGCCUCUCGGUCGAGAUGAGGGUCCGUUUUCGCCUCCACAAUGAUGAGACCGUACAAUGGUCCACGCAGAUUAAAAAAUCCCCUUCUCUGACCAAUGACUGUUGCCCCCUGAGCCAGGUCCAAGCCCAUUACCUGCACAAUGGCCAAUCGGAAAGCUGCUCCGAUCCUGAUUCCAUGUCAUUCGACCCGGAGGUUGUGGAAUACUCCAGCCGACCUGUGCAGCGUGCAUUGGAAGCAAACCACUGCCCUUGCUGUUACCAGCGACCGGAGCAGCACUACGACUUGUGGGAAAAUCCAGCACACAGCCACAAACAGCCUCUUGUCCCACCCCCACAUCCACACACCUCCAGCCACACCAGAAGGAGACAUACAAACUCCUCGAGCUCCUCUUCUUCCUGUAAUUCCAGGAGAGUGGUGCACUGUCGAGCACAGCACUCCAGCUGCGGAGGCGGCUCAGGCUCAGAGCAGAGCCAGCUGAUCCAGGAGGAGAUGUGCGUGACGGAGCAGGUUGAACACACAGUAGAGGUGGAGCAGGACGGAGACAAACACAUAGAGGUUUGCAGGGUGAGCCGGUGCCACAGCCGCAGCGAAGUAGUCACCAGAGAUAGCAACCUACGACCUCUCAGCAGCAAGUCAGGGGAGGAAGAGGUGAUGAUCGAGGAAGAGCAGGAGCGUCCGCAGUCUGCAGUCAGCUGCUCCUCACAUGUCCUGCAGUCAUUGAAGGAGGAUCAGGAUGAUGAGGAGGAGGACCUGCCACCCAGCGCCUCACGGUGCCAUCACAGCGAUGAACCAUCACCAUCUCCAUCAAGCAAAACCUCAACAGUUAAAAACCACAGGGACGGGGAAGAGAGAGCGAGCAGUGCAGUGUCUGCAGCUUCUUCCUGUUGCUGUGGAUCCGUCACUCAACUCCCAACAGCUGAAGCAGAGGAGAUGGAUCGCGCCCCCAGCUCCAAGUCCAAAGUGAGCAGAGCCUCUUGCAGGUCUGGUCGCACAGGACUUUCAACAGGCUCUAAGAAAUCAGGGGCAUCGAGUAUGUGCCCCAACUGUGGCGGCUGCAAACGAGAAGCCACUUCAAACCCUGCUUCACCUCAACAGAAGCAGGAGAACGGCGCCAACGACAGUAAUGACGACGCCUCGGAGGAUUCAGCCGUGUCAACACAAUCCAACAAGUCCAACCUCACCAACUCUGGCCGCAGUUCUGCAGAAUCAAGCGUGUUGGAGGGCAGAGCAUCGAGUGCCGUGUCCAGAGCAUCGAACCCUGAAGUAAAAGAAGAAGAAAGGGCUCCGAGUGCCAUCUCAGCAACAAGCCACAGGUCCAAUAGGUCGCACAGGUCUGGUAGUAAUGGGGCCACUGGUAUCACAGUGGACAAAGAGGAGGGGAGGAGCCUCAGCGCCAUGUCUGCCAGGUCCAGGAAGUCUGAAACACCUGACACGAGAACAAGAGAGGAAGCCGAGGAAGAAAAUGUUGGAGAGAGAGCAAUCAGCUCCUUGUCAGUCAAAUCUGGUGUUUCGGCAAAGACCGGCACUUCAGUCAAAUCUCACAAGUCCAACUGUCCAUUACAAAGUAACGCUGCCUCCCCAACUGACAAUACAGCCAUCGAAGAGGAUGAGACACACAAAAUAUCUCCCAGUAGCCUUUCUGAAAGACCCCAUAGUGCCCUGUCAGCGAAAUCAAAUGUUACAGCAAAGUCGAGCACUUCUCACAGGUCGGCUUGCAGUCGCUGUGCAAAAGUUAAAUCUCCAGGUGCUGAGGAAGCAACAAGACAGGAAGCAGGAACAGACGGGCAGAACAGAACAGCAAGUGCCAUGUCAGCCAAGUCUAAUCUGUCAGUCAAGUCUAAUAAUUCCCAUAAGUCCACCAAAGCUUCGGAGAGGUCACUGUCGCCCAGGUCGGAGGCUCAGGGAGAGGAAAGGCCAGCGAGUCAAACGUCUGCCAGAUCAGUCAAAUCAACAAAUGUGUCUGUAAAGUCCUCGAAGUCACGCAAGUCUAACUGCGAUGAAAAUGAAACUGAGGCAUCUCCGAGCUCAAAGGUAGAAGAGGAGGCCGAGGAGAAAGAUGAUGAGAUGGUAGAAGAAGAAACACAACACGAGCCAGAAAGAGCAGCCAGCGCCCGGUCCACAAAGUCUCAUAGAUCCAAAAUGUCCAAUGAGAAUACAGGAGAUGAUGAAAAUGCUAAGGAGCGGACUGCCAGUGUUUUAUCUGGUAAAUCAGCUCUCUCUGCGAAGUCCCACCAUUCGAAGACAGACGUGGACAGAAGCCCUAGUUCCACGUCGGGGAAGUCCAAGAAGUCCAAGUGCUCUGCAGCUUCUCCAGAUGGAGACGAGCAGCCAACUGAAACCGAGGAGCGGGUUGCCAGUGCCAUGUCUGUCAAGUCCAAAUCGUCAGCGCGGUCCCAUCUCAAAUCGGCGUCACCAGGUCCAAAUGCUGUUACCAUCAACUCACCAGAGGAGGUUGAUGAAGAAGGAAGUGAGACGACAGAGAGAGCUCCGAGCGCUGCAUCAGCUAAAUCUGGAAAAUCUCAUGUUUCAUCCAAUCAUAAAGGACGUAAAGCUCCAGCUGCACCCGGCAGUCGUCAAUCCUCUGCACAACAGUUGGUGCCUGGCCCCGGUGCGGGAGAGACGAGAGGUCCGAGCGCUUUGUCAGUUCGCUCCGCAACCUCUGCUAAAUCUGGCAAGUCCAAAUGUCGCUGUGGUGCAGCUUCAGGGGAGGAUAAGAAGGAGGGAAAUAAUGAAGAGGCUACUGAAAGGGCUGCGAGCGUCUUGUCGUCCUCUUCCAAGAGACAGAGGAGGGAUUCAGGAGGCACCGAGCAACCGUUGAGUCGAUGCUCAUCAGGCUCAGUCUCUCUCGGGUUGCCAGAAGACCAAGAAACAGCCGACUCAGACAGUGGGAAGUCCUGUGUUUCAUUUUGCACAAACACUGAGAGCAAAGGCCGAGGGAAGACGGCAGCAUCUGAGGGUCCUAAAACCCAGAGGGGCUCUGCUGCGAAGAAAGAUGUGGAAGGAAGAGCGUCCAAGAAUAAAAGCACUUUGUCUCACAAUCUUCCAGCUGUCGAUAUCCCCACGAUAGAAACUCCAGGAGGGGGUGAUGGUCGAGACGAAGAAGAGGGUGGAGGGCAAAAAGCAGAAAGAGCAGCCAGUGCAAUUUCAGCCAAAAGCGGCAGAUCCCACAAGUCCUCAUGUAGCUGUAGCUCCAAAGUGACAGAGCAACAAGCAGGAAAUAACCUUCAAACCGAAAGUGAUUCAAAAACAAAAAAUCUGAACGCCCACAACAACAGAACCUCGUCUUCAAUGUCAUCAUCAAGUGCUAAAGUUCGGACCAAAUCCCGUGCAAGUGCCAAUGUAGCGAAAACCCCGGUUGGAGAUUCAUCAGGUAACGACACUGGAAACAUCAGUGAGGUCAAAGGGCAAGAAGACGCUGCAGCCAGUGUCCACUCCAAGAGUCUGUGUUGCCUCAGGCCUGAGUCUGCAGCUUCGGCUCAAUCCGGGUCCAAAACGACCGUCAAAUCAGUCAAAGGCCGUGAGUCCAGAUCUAAAGCAGGAAGCAACGGUGGUGACCCCUGUCCCCUGCAUGACUCCAGACCGGGCAGCAAAGUGGAGAGUGAGACCACUCUGUCUCACUCUCUGUCCGCUGCCGACCUGCUGAAGGAAACCAUGGCUGCACGUCCGCUCAGACCAGAGUCGAAGGCCAGCAAAACCAGUGACAGAACGGGGGGAGAGAAAAGCGCAAAGAGUCAGAGAAAAAAGAACCAGAAGGAUAAAAAUCCAGAACUCACACCUGCCUGUCUGCCCAACGCUUCCCCCAACGAGGUCGUGAACAACUGGCUGCGGAGCAUUCCUGCCAACAGCAGCAUGCUGGCACUGGGCGACGAGCUGGAAGAGGGGGAGCAGGAGGCGGAGGAGAAACCUGGAGAGGAGGAGGUUGCACAGGUGGAGGAGAGUCCUGAAGACGAUAAAGUGGAGGAGGAGGAGAGAGGUGAGGCUGAGGAGGGAGCAGAGAAAGAGGAAGAAGCUAAAUGUGACACAGCAGAGGAGGAGCAGAAUUCAGAUCCAGCUCCAGCUGAUGAAACGGUGACGUCUAGCCCCACUCGGCUGUUAAGUGCUGACUCGCUGCCCAGGAACCUGCAUCCGUCUGUGGCUGUGAUGAAGGUUCUUCUGAGUUCCUCUCUGGGGCGAUGCCGAAGUUUGCCAGAGGUGUCUCCAGUUUACGGUCGUCGCCUGAGCACGUCAGCCAGAGGGUUCCUGGACUGUUUGGCGCAGCUCCAGCUCAUCGAGCCGGCACUGAGCCCCGGUUGUGACCUGCAGAAAAACCCUAACCAGCAGUAUGAAGAGAUCAUGACCAUCCUCCAGUCGCUCUGGCUCACUGGGCCCACUGACACUGAGGUCAAGAAGGGCAAGGACAUCGGCAAGGAGCAGGUGACGCCUCCGAGGUCCUCAUCCGGGGUGGGAAUGAGCAGUGGCUCCGGUGGGUCGGGAAAGGAGAAUGGAAAUAAAGACGGACACGAAACACCUCCAAAGGAGACUGAAUCUUUACCAGAGGUGCAGGUGCAGAGUGAAGACCAAAGUACACUCCCUCCAAGUCUGGACAGCCCGAAAGCCACGGAGAACCCGUCGUCCUCGGACAAGAGCUCUGCCAACGACAGCUCCAAAUCCCCCACGGACAACGAGCAGGAGACGGUGGACGACAGCAGUUCAGGAACACCCUCGACUGUCCUGCGAACACCUCUGUCCAAAAAACUAUCCCAAGACCCCGAUCCAGUUUGGGUCCUGCACCUUCUGAAGAAGCUGGAGAAACAGUUCAUAAACCACUACAUCAACGCCAUGGCGGAGUUUAAAGUUCGCUGGGACCUGGACGACAGCCUCAUGCUGGACACGAUGAUCUCCGAGCUCAAGGAGGAGGUGAGUCGGCGCAUUCAGAGCAGCAUCGAACGCGAGAUAAGGAAGAUUAAGGGCCGAGCAGGCAGAGGGGGACGGUCGCCCCGGCCGCCCCAGGGAGCGAACCUCUCCAGGGAGUCCACCGUGACGGAGAAGAGGCGUCGAAUUUUAAAGGUCAUGAAGAACCAAUCCGUGAAAACCACUGACUCUGUCAGUGAUGGAGAGAUGGAGGGUGAUUUCAGUGACCAGCGGAGUGAUGAUGAGUACUGCCCCUGCGAUGCUUGUGUCCUCAAGAAAUUGGCCGCCCGGCCUCUCAAAGCGAACCCAUUGGCGGCCGACGCACCAGUGAUGAUGGAGUUUGACCUUCUUAAGAUACUUCAGCGGAAGAAAAGCCCAGAGCCUGCGCCUGUAGCCGUGCACCAGUCUGCGGACGUGGAAGGUGAGGAGGGGAGGAAUUUGGAGGUAGUGCAGGAGGAAGAGGAGGAGGAGGAGGAGGAGAAAACAAAAGAGGACAUUAAAGCUGAGGUUGUUUUAGAGGAGAUGAUCCCAGAGGAGGACGAGGAAGAAGGUGAGGGUCAGACAGAAGAAGAGGAGAAGGUAGAAAAGGAGGAAAAUAGUGAAGAUGGUAAGGAGCAGGAGGAGGGAGAGAAAGAAGGUGAGGUAGCAGGAGAAGAGGGGGCAUCAGGAAAUGGAGAGGAGGAGGAAGAGGAGGCUGAGGGUCAGACAGAAGAAGGGGAGAAGGUAGAAAAGGAGGAAAAUAGUGAAGAUGGUAAGGAGCAGGAAGAGGAAGAGAAAGAAGGUGAGGUUGCAGUUGAAGAGGGGGCAUCAGGAAAUGGAGAGGAGGAGGAGGAGGGUGAGGGUCAGACAGAAGAAGAGGAGAAGGUAGAAAAGGAGGAAAAUAGUGAAGAUGGUAAGGAGCAGGAAGAGGGAGAGAAAGAAGGUGAGGGAGCAGGAGAAGAGGGGCCAUCAGGAAAUGGAGAGGAGGAGGAAGAGGAGGAGGGUGAGGCAGAAUGCCAAUGUCAGUGUGCCAGAAAUGAGGAGGAGAGUGACAAGGCUGAAGAGGAAGAGGAGGCUGAGGAAACUGGGGACAACACAGGUGAAGAUGAGGCGGCAGAUGAUGAGGGGGACAAUGAGGACGAGACAGGAACUGGGGAAGAGGACAGUGACAUGGAGACAGUUAAAGAGGCACCAGUAGGUAAAGGAGAGACCACUGAGGGUCAGGAGGAGGAGGAGGGGGAGGAGGAGGAGUGUGAGGCGUCUGAUUCUAAGCCCGAGGAAGAGGAAACGACAGGAAAGGAAAGUGGAGAAGAGGAGGCAGAGGAUGAAGAUGACGGGGAUGAUGGGGGCGGAGAGGAGGAGUCGCACGAAGAGGGAGAGGGAGGAGAAAGUGAGGAGCAGGAAGGAGCCCCCCCACAGGACCAGGGGGCGACUGAGGGAGAGGAGGCCGACGCUGAAGACUCAGACACAGACAAGAAAAGCCCAAGCGACACCAGUGUGGAUGAAGUUGUUGCUGGGACCACUGGUGACGACGAAGAGAAAGAGGUGGGAGGAGGAGGAGACGCAGAGGAGGAAGAGGUCGGGGAAGACGCCGUGGAGGAGUUCAAGCCCGAGGAAGAGGAGGAGGAGGAGGAAGUGAACGGCAGCAGAAAGGAGGAGGGUGCUCUCCUCCAUCAGUUCACCAGGACGUCUGUGGAGUCGCAGCCCGGCUCCUUGGAGGACAUUCACACGGAUUCAGCACCUGUCAGCACCAUAGAAGUGCCCAAGAUGGUGUCCACUGGGGGGGGUGCGAGCCCGAAGAGGAGCCGGUCGCCGGGGAGGGUCAAACGUCGCAAACCCAAAGACAGAGAUACGGACCUGGAUGAUUAUUAACCCACAUUAUGAUGUAGAUCUACUUUCAAAAGGGUCCAUGACUCCCAGAAGCCCUUGCACCGUCAUAAAAACACUGAUUAUGUAGCCGAGGUUAAAAAACUUAAGUUACUGCAAAGAGAGACUCAAACACUUGAAGCACUUUAUCGCUCCAGAUCCAAUGUAGGAGGAGUCACGGUGACGAGGAAUCAUGAAACUUGAAACCACCACCUUGUCCUAUUCACUGAUAUGAGUUGUAUUUGUACAUUUUGGAAGGUAACCGUGUGUAUUCAGUGUAUUUAUGUACUGUAAAAUAAGGUCUAUUUUUGAAACGUUUUCUUUUUGACCCAUAUGGGUCAUAUAACCAUUAAUAAACCGAGUACCUCAGAGAUAAUGUUAAUCAAUUGAUCCAGUAGUUUGACAGAACGUCUGUAUUGAUCUUUGGUUGUGUAUCAGUUAACCUCUAUUUUUAAAUCAAUGCUGGAAUCUCAGCAUUAUUCUCGUAACUAUUCCUGUAAAUGACUUUAUGAAGUCAGUUUCUAGUAUGAAAUUAAUUUACUUUAUCGUAUUAUCUUGUAAAAGAUCCUUGUGUAAAUACUUAUCAGCAAAUGUACCUCAUUAUAUUUACCUAGAGAAAAAGAACCGUGAACAUUUACCGUACAUUUCCCAGGAAUGUAAAUCUUGCACAACGUGACACUGAGCAUAUGUUUGUGGUUCUGACACAGAAACAUCCUCUGUAUUUACCAGCCGUCUGAAUCGAGUUUGACGUAAACCAUCCGUAGGUGUGUGUUCCAUGCUGUAGAUUCAGAUUCAGGGUUUGUAUGACCAGCCAUGUGGAACAGCAGCGUGAAGCGUGUCACUGAGGCCUUACUGUAUCCAUGGUUAUCCGAGGGUAGAUUGACAGAAACACAGGGGGAGAUCAGGCCUAAUUGGCCGUCUUUUGUUUCCUGACAUCUCCGCCGUUAGUCAAUCCCGGAGCCUGUAAAAGACGCUGGAGUGGAUCAAAGCUGCUCUUUAAAACGCUGGGAGAUAUUCUGAAGAGCGAUUUUCUCUCAUUUAACCCAAACCGAGCGGAGUGAGCUGUACCGAGAGGGUGUGAGUGUGUGUGUGUGUGUGUGUGUGUGCCUAUGCUGCUAUUGGUCUGUUUAACUGUCCAUCAAUCUGUGACAUCACCAAGUGAACAUCAUGUACCGAUAGAGAAAAUGAAUGAAUAAAGUUGGUAUAAAUAAAAGAAAUGCAGAACUA